CUAUAUCAGUCGAUGCCGAGGGCAAGUAAAGGACCGGUGCUCUCCUCCCAAUUUUUCGCUGAUUGAUUUAUAUGAUGGAUGCCAUUUCCAAGCACGGAAUCGACGAGAAUGUGCUGAGGAGCCUGCCGUCCGUGGCGUCUGUAACUAAAAUCUCUCGUCAUGGAGCAUCGGCUUGGACAAAGCGCUUCCGAAUCGAUGUACAGCACACUGACCAGACUAAGGCGAGUUACUUCAUGAAGCUGUCUUUGGACCAUCACGGAAAAGAAGCGUUGAAAGGAGAGUACGAGGGAACAGCUGCACUGCAUGACCUUGCCCCUGAACUGGUGCCCAAGCCAAUUGCCUGGGGCUCUCUCGAGUCCAAAGAAGAUACGCAUUUCUAUCUGACCAAGUUCUACGAGCUCGGUGAACAGUUACCGAGUGAGGCCGAUUUCUGCAAACGGUUGGCAGAUCUCCACCAUAAACAUUGCUCUCCGAACGGAAAAUAUGGUUUCCAUGUUACUACGUACAAUGGUGAUCUGCCACAAGACAACACCUACGCUGAUACGUGGGAAGAAUUCUUCGUGAACGGGCUAAAGCAUGUUCUUGCACUCAAUCGCGAACGAGGUGGCGUUUCGGAAGAAUUAGAGAGUCUCGUUCCGGAUUUGUUGGAGAAGGUAAUACCUCGACUCCUGAGACCUUUAGAAACGGGGGGGAACUCUAUCAAGCCGUCUCUUGUGCACGGUGACCUGUGGUGUGGGAACGCAGCCAUCGAUCAAGAGGAUGACAAGCCAAUCAUUUUCGAUCCGUCGAGCUUUUGGGCACACAACGAAUAUGAGCUUGGUAAUUGGCGGCCUGCACGGAACAAGUUUUCGCAGAGUUACUUCAACGCGUAUCACUCCCACUUUCCGAAAGCUUCCCCAGAAGAGGACUACGAUGACCGUAAUGCGCUUUAUGCCUUACGUUUCAACCUGCAUGCGGCAACUUUGUUUCCUAACAUGGCAAGCUUCCGAGAAAUGGUUAUUGAGGAGGCAAGAAGGUUGAUUGCGAAGUUUCCUGAGGGCUACGACAGCUGGGCUCAGGCAAGUGCUGGGGCCUCGGAACAUUGAUGACUGGCAAGCUGAAUGAUCAACACGAGACAGAUUUCGUUUUCAGCUGUUUACACAAGGGUCAGGCUUUAAGGACUGAGAUUUGACAUUGAUUCAUGCGGUCCCUCGCGUCUUUAGCUCAAAACGUGACAGUCGGCUGAGACACGUGCUUUGAAAGUUAAUUUGAGAAUGGCUGCAAUUCCUGGUCUGGCUGUGUCGAUAUCAUAUUCAAUCUCUGCUCUAAUUAUAGGUGCGACAUUACUGUUCGGUCGGCUCAUCAUGCUUUUCGUCGAAUAUGUCAAAACCAAUAUAGUCUCUGGGUUGGAGGUAGCGUAUCUCGCCAGUCUCCUUGUACACUUGAUCCACUGUCUGGAGACUCUCUGGACUUAACUUCUGUAGGCUCUUGC